AUGAAAGACACAUUGCGGGAGUGCCCACCAGACCAUGGCACUGAUGUGGACUAUGCCUGCAAUCCUAGCCUUCAGUUUAUCUCGCCCAUGUACUUUGUCUCCUUCGUGCUCACCGCCCAGUUCGUGCUCAUCAAUGUGGUGGUGGCCGUGCUGAUGAAGCACCUGGACGACUCCAACAAGGAGGCCCAAGAGGAGGCGGAGAUGGAUGCAGAAAUUGAGCUGGAGCUGGCCCAGGGCACCCUCUGUUGCAUGGGCGCCCCCAGCUGUGGGGGGGGGAAGGUGGACAAANAUAAAGUUCUGAUUAUCCUGGGGAUGCAUAUCUUUGGCUGUAAGUUCAGUCUGAAGACGGAGGCAGGAGACACCGUGCCUGACAGGAAGAACUUUGACUCCCUGCUCUGGGCCAUCGUCACUGUCUUCCAGAUUCUGACUCAGGAGGACUGGAACAUGGUGCUUUACAAUGGGAUGGCAUCCACCUCGCCCUGUGCUGCUCUCUACUUCGUAGCUCUGAUGACUUUUGGAAAUUAUGUGCUCUUCAAUUUACUGGUUGCCAUCCUGGUGGAGGGUUUUCAGGCUGAGGGUGAUGCAAACCGCUCUUUCUCGGACGACGACAGGUCUUCCUGUAAUUUUGAGGAGAAUGAUAAGCAGAAAGACUCUCUUCAUCUCUCAGACCCAAAGAUCUGUACGCUGACUCCUAACGGGCACCUUGACUUGUCCCCACUGUCCCAUGGUCUGUUUCCGGGAGAGAGGUUGACUUUCGCUCUGGACUCCAGGAAGAACAGUGUUAAUUCUCUUGGUAGGGCCAACUUGGAGCAGAGGGCUUUGUUUUCAGGUCGAAGUUACCACAACUGGGGUCGCCCGUGUGCCCCCCACCCUCAGGCCUUGUGGGCCCGUCGCUCCAGCUGGAACAGCCUGGGAGGAUGCCGGCCUUUCUCCUCCUCGUCUCCCUCCGCUAGUCCGGCCAUCACCACCACCUCUGCACGGCCCUUCUAUGGCUACGGCCUGGGGGGCCUUGGCGGCGUGGUUGGAGGAAGUCUUCGUAUCCGGGGUCCUCGUGCCUCCUCGUCCCCGCGGCGCCACCUCCACCAUGUCCUCCAAGAUGAGGAGGAGUCUCUCAUAUCUCCUCCCCCUAUUCCUCUUCACUCCCUGCACCUUCCUCACCCUAUGCUCCCGGGACACUUUGUACCCAGGAGGGACCGCAGGGCCCUUUCGCUAGAGCUGCCCCACCUGCUGCAGGUGCCAGGACCCCCGCACCUUCCACUGCCGCCACACCACCCUCUGCCCCCCUUGACGCUCCACGCUCAACACAGGAAGAAGAGCUUCUCUGGGGGGAUGGUUAUCAGUGGAGGCGGUGGCAGUGGACACGACAGUCCGGGGGGUUUAGUAGGGGUUCACCAAGAUUGUAAUGGGAAGACCCCUCUUUCUCAGCUUCUGCAGCCCCCCCACAGACACCACACUGAGCAUGCUGGAGGGGUGAACCCCCAGAGCCAGCUGAUGUCGGAAGUCUUCCCCCAGGUUAACACACGCAGCAAGGACCGGGAGGACCUGGAUGAUGACAUUGAAUAUAGCUUGUGCUUCCGCGUCGAGAAGAUGUUAGAAGCGUACAAACCGGACUGGUGUGAGUCCAGAGAGGAAUGGUCUGUCUUCCUGUUCUCCCCACGGAACAGGUUCAGACAGAUAUGCCAGUCCAUUGUCGCCCAUAAGCUGUUUGACUAUGUGGUGUUGGCCUUCAUCUUCUCCAACUGCAUCACAGUAGCUCUGGAGAGGCCUAAGAUACUUCAGGGCAGCUUGGAAAGAGUCUUCCUCACCAUCUCCAACUACGUCUUUACUGCCAUAUUUGUGACCGAGAUGACACUCAAGGUGGUCUCCAUGGGUCUGUAUGUAGGGGAUCAUUCUUACCUGCGGAGCAGCUGGAACGUUCUGGAUGGCUUCCUGGUUUUUGUGUCUUUGAUUGACAUUGUGGUUUCCAUGGCGGGCGGGGCCAAGAUCUUGGGUGUGCUCAGAGUGCUCAGGCUGCUAAGAACACUGCGUCCCCUCAGAGUGAUCAGCAGAGCUCCAGGUCUGAAGCUGGUGGUGGAGACCCUCAUCACCUCCCUCAAACCCAUCGGCAACAUUGUUCUCAUCUGUUGUGCAUUCUUCAUCAUCUUUGGCAUUCUUGGGGUCCAGCUGUUUAAAGGCAAGUUCUUUUACUGCUUUGGCCCCGACGUCAAAAACAUCACCAACAAGUCCGACUGUAUGCUAGCCAACUACAAGUGGGUCCACCACAAGUACAACUUUGACAACCUGGGGCAGGCUCUGAUGUCCCUGUUUGUGCUGGCCUCAAAGGACGGCUGGGUCAACAUCAUGUAUCACGGCCUGGAUGCUGUGGCUGUGGACCAACAGCCUGUGACCAACAACAAUCCGUGGAUGCUGCUGUAUUUCAUCUCCUUCCUGCUUAUUGUUAGCUUCUUCGUCCUCAACAUGUUUGUCGGUGUGGUUGUGGAGAAUUUCCACAAGUGUCGCCAGAACCAGGAGGUUGAAGAGGCCAAAAGGCGUGAGGAGAAGCGUCAGCGGCGCAUGGAAAAGAAGAGGAGAAAAGCCCAGAAGCUGCCCUACUUUGCCAGCUACGGCCACAUACGCCUGAUGAUCCACACACUGUGCACAAACCACUACCUGGACCUCAUCAUCACCUUCAUCAUCGCCAUCAACGUCAUCACCAUGUCCUUAGAGCACUACGAUCAACCUCGUUCUCUGGAUCUCGCCCUGAAGUACUGCAACUAUUUCUUCACUUCCAUGUUUGUGCUCGAAUCGGCACUCAAACUCACCGCCUUCGGCUUCCGUCGCUUCUUUAAAGAAAGGUGGAACCAGUUGGACCUCGCCAUUGUGCUUCUGUCGGUGAUGGGCAUCACCCUGGAGGAGAUCGAUUUCAGUGCUGCCCUGCCCAUCAACCCCACCAUCAUCCGGAUCAUGAGAGUACUGAGGAUAGCCCGAGUGCUGAAGCUGCUGAAGAUGGCCACAGGGAUGAGAGCCCUAUUGGAUACGGUGGUCCAAGCCCUGCCUCAGGUGGGUAACCUGGGCCUGCUUUUCAUGCUGCUGUUUUUCAUCUACGCCGCCUUAGGAGUAGAGCUAUUUGGAGAACUUGUAUGCAACGAAGACUACCCAUGUGAGGGAAUGAGUCGUCACGCUACCUUUGAGAACUUUGGCAUGGCCUUCCUUACCUUAUUUCAAGUCUCCACGGGCGACAACUGGAAUGGCAUCAUGAAGGAAACAUUGCGUAAAGUCACUUUGUGA